CAGUCUGGAAAGGCAGAUUGGGCUGUGUAUGUGUGUGUGUGUGUGCUUCUCUGCCUCGUGGUUUGUGGAUUCUGGAUCUUUCUCUGCCCUAGACUGACACAAUGAUGAGGGAAGACUCUUUAGAGGAGACCCAGAUCAAAUUGGAUGACGUGGAGAUUCCCCUGGAGGACGAUGUGGUCUCCACACAGAGCGACACCAGGCCACUGCUCAAUGAGAGAGACCCUCGCGGAGUCAAUGAGUGCCUCAAGGUCUCCUUUGAGGAUGUGAUUGCUGAGCCACAGUCAGUGCGGAGCACUGACAAGGUUUGGAUCUGCAGCCAUACCCUGUUUGAAGUCUCCAGGGUGUGGCUCUACAGGAUCUUCACCACCUUGCUUGCUGUGCCUGUAUCUCUGAUCAGUGGCAUACUCUUUGCCAUCCUGACCUGCCUCCAUAUAUGGCUCAUCAUGCCAUGUGUGCAGAUCCUCCUCCUGAACACGCGGUGCCCGUGCACCCUGUGGAACAGCGUGCUGGAGGUGUUCAUCUCACCACUCUUCAGGAGCAUAGGGAAGUGCUGCUCAGCCGUCGGCAUCCACCUGACGCGGAAGUGACCGCAAUCCACCGGAUGAGGGGCGGGGCCUUCCUGAGGAAAAGGGCGGGGUUCAGCAGCCUGUGGCUGCAAGUGUGGGAACUUGGAACUGCCUCUAUACUGAGUAUAGCACAAACACCUAAGGAUGAACCCGUCAAACUGAAGCUGAAAAGCUGAGAACGGAAACGUUGAAAUGCCUUAAUUGACUGAAUGUUUCACAAACUGAAGGUUUCUCCAUGGAAAUAGGUGGGGAGAUGAUUUGUAUGCACUGGUAUGAAUUACUGGUUGACAGCUAUCAUGGUAAAUUGUUUGGUAUCAUGCAAUCAUUGAUUAAGCUCUUUUCUAUGAAGUAAAGUAAAGGUGCCCCAGCAGGAGAUUGCUGAUCAGAGAACGACAUCUACUAAUUGGCAUUGACACAAUAGUAUAUUUUAAUUUUAUUCAGACAUUGAAUGAAAGACUGAGGACGUGAAGAUGGGGUCUUCAAAAGCACCCUGACACUGUAAUGGGGGUUUCUGCCUGCUUGGUAUGAGAGUGAGCACUGCCCCAUACUGGCUCACCCACACCACUUCCAGCAGAAACCUUUUUCCCACAAGGCUUUAUAUCCAAAUGCUAAUCAUGUUUCACAUUAACCACCAUGGAUUGAACAAUUAGGUGAACUUUUCCUUAUACAAUCUUGAAAAGAAAGAUGCUUUACAGAUACAUUAAUAUGUUAGCAUAAGUGAAUGGGUGGAUUUGUCAGGUCUUUGUUUUUAUUUAUUUAUUUUUUCCGGCCAUUAGUAAUUUCAUUGUUUGAAUAAAAUGGAUAAAAGGAACUCGUAAUUGAGAAUGGCCAAGAUAUAAUUUAAUAAGUUCAAAUGUCUGAAAGUUAUUUUAAUCAGUUAAUUAAAUCCGUCGUUUUAAUUAGCAUGAGAAAGCAUAUUUUAGAGUAAGUCUAAGUUUAAGAAAUGGCCUUCAUUCUCUAAAUGAAUUCAUCACAAUGAGUCUGUCCCUGUUUUUUUGUCUGUCUGCACUGAUAUGAGUGGGCUCAGUUUAAAGCAUGGAUUUAAAUGGGACUCGUGGCUAUGUCUGACAUGUCUUGCUAUUUCUAUCUUCCCACAGGACUAAGAGCCCAUCCCUUCUGUGAAUACUCUGUGAAUGCUUCUCUAAUUAGUUUGGUCCACACCCACCCACAUGCACUUUGACCCCAGCCCACUACUCUCUACAGGCAAACCACUGUUCAUUACCAUACCAAGCUAUUUUGGGGGUGGCUACUAUAUAAAACAGCCCUGGGUCACUAAUCUUACUGUCUAUAUGCCAUGGAGAUACACCCUGUGAUCUUUGUAAAGGGAGUGUAUGAAUAAGUGGGUUGUAUUUUUGGUCAGGAUCAUGUUUUAGAGGAGUGAAAUAUAUCAACAGGCAUUGUAUUUCAUCAUGAUACAUUGAUCUUCUUCCACAUUAUAAAAAUGGAAGGCUUGCUUGACACAGGAUAUGCAGUGUCAUACAGAUGGCUAAACAUGA